UUGCGGCAAUGUUAAUGCGCUUUAAUAGUCUCUCAUAAACAUAAUCGAAACAUGCAUUAACACAAGCGCUGAAAAGUGGUUUGGAUUCCUAAGUAGUUAAUUUUGACUUUAACUGUCACAAGGAAAACUCUAAAAAAAAUAAAAAAUAAAAAAAAACAUUUGGAUUUAAACAGUAUCAACUUUAACAAUUAGGUUAAUUCUGCAUUCAUCUUAGAAAUGUUUUUUCUUCAAUGACAUAAAUAAAUAUGUAAAAGGCAUGGAUAAUCUCAUAGUUGCCAAAUAAAUCAACAUUUCAAUUCUCAUUCUGAUUUUCCCCCCACUUUUUUUUUUAAAACUUAAGCAUUUAUUAUAAAUACGUUCUCAUUUAAGACUUUAAUCUGAGAAUAAAUACGGUAAUAAGAUGUGGACUAUGUGUUUUAUUGCGGUUUAUAGUGUAAUGUCAGAGUGCGUAACGAUUCUUACUCGCGCAGUCGGUGAUUUGCGAAGAAAGAGAUUAGUAAGAGUGGUAUUUCCUUUUUUCUCCCUCUCUCCCUCUCUCUCUCUCUCUCCCUCUCUCUCUCUCUCUUUAGUUGCAUGCUCAAGUCCCUUUCUCUGGUCAAGUUCAGUGCGUUGUUCUCCGGACCGGACGGACGCUUCUUAUUGGUAGGUUGCGACAGUUACAUCACGGCGCUCAUGACGCGCACGUCUUCCUGUUUCCUUCAGCCGCGUCUUAAAGUGAAUCUUUAGUGGCGGAGGAGCGCUCCAGCAUCCAGUCCUCUGCAUCCAGUGCGCCUCGGAGACGCACACACGCUGUCUCUCUCUCUCUCUUUUUCUCUCUCUCUUGCACUCUCUCUAUGUCUCUCACUCUUUCGGUCACAGCAGAGGAUAGAGGGAGAGACCGACGCGCAAGAGCUCUUUUCAUCUUCUAUAUUUUUCCAAUUUUGUUGCUUUCGCCGGCGUCGCUGACUUUAUUCCAUCUCUUCCUCCUCUGAGAAACUGUUCUAUCCCAGCAUCCAGCAAAUCCUCCGAGCUCUGCCGUGUAUUCUUUCUUUUUUUGUUGCCGUAGGAGUUCAGGUUGUCCCCCUCUUCAUCUAAAGGGUACUCAGAGGCUUUGAUCCUAGAGGACUGGGUUUGCGGGAUAUGGCCCAAUAGCAGCAGCCCGUGAUGCCGGACCAUGACAGCGACUCCCUCCUGAACAGACAGACCAAACGAAGACGUGUGGACAUUGGUGUUAAGAGGACCGUGGGCAGCGCAGCCUCCUCCACAGCAGCAGCCACAACAACAACCACUGAUAACAUUGCCCGCGCCAAAGCAGCCAUUUUCAGUGCCAUGAACUCUCUGAGCUCCCACUCUCACCACGGAUCAGACACCGACUCCAUGGAGUGCUCUGUAGUGCAGCCACAUGGUGGGCCUGGCGUUGUGUCAGCCAGCGAUAGCGAGUCCAAGUCCAAUGUACUCCGAAAGCUACUGAAGAGGGCCAACUCAUACGAGGACACCAUGAUGCCCUUCCCUGGGACCACCAUUAUCUCCCAGCUUCUCAAGAAUAACAUGGCGAAAAAUGGUGGAGGACCUGAGAGGGGAGAAAGAGGGGACAGGGGUGACAGAGGGGAUGUCGGCUUCCCUGGAUCAGGGCUCUCCAAUGCAAGUUCAGAUGCACCCCAAGAGGAUGCCUGCAGUAACUCCUCCCAUGAUAGCACCCCUCAAGAGUGCUUGUCACCCUUUGGUCGCCCUCCCGGCCUCGCCACCUUUGACAUCGAACGCCUCAAUGAUGAACACCUGCGUGCCAAGCGAGCCCGCGUGGAGAACAUUAUACGUGGCAUGAGCCACUCGCCCAGCGUGGUGGUACCUGCUGCUUCCCGUCACGAGCGUGACCAUGACAUGGAUGGAGACCGAGAGAUGGAUCUAGACUGCCCACCCCCUCAGUCUCAGCAGCAGGCCCCCAGCAGCCCACGGGGAGGCGAGGUGUGCAGCAGUAGCAGCCGAGAGAACAAGCGUAAGCAGCGUCUGCCUCAGCAGCAGCAGCAGAGCUUCACCCAGCUGGUGUGCCAGAGGAAGGAACAGAAGCAGGAGGAGCGACGGCAACUGAAGCUGCAGCUGGAGGACAUGCAGAAACAGCUACGCCAGCUGCAGGAGAAGUUCUUUCAGAUCUAUGACUCGACCGACGACUCAGAACACAAUGACCUCCACAAUGACCUGCACAACGAUAUAGGAAACAUGUCUGAGGACAGCCCAGGGAGGUCUGACACCGGCGGUGAUGACCGGGGUGGAGACGAUUUGCGCUCUGACAAUGAGAUGUCUGACCUGGACCCUGGCCAUUUCUUGGACAGGGCGCGGGCAUUGCUUCAGGAACAGGCCAUGCUGGCAGACGGAGAGAAGCCAAGAAGAGAAGGGCUUAGCCGAAGCAAAGGACAAGGAGGUCCAGGCUCCUCCAUGCAUGCUGAAGGAAAACAGCUGGCAGAAACGCUGAAGCAGGAACUCAAUUCAGCCAUGACCCAGGUGGUGGACACAGUAGUUAAGGUGUUCGCCAAGCCUCCACGCCCCACACCCCAGCAGGCCUUUCCCUCGCUAUCCAUACCUCCUGAAAGAUUCCCCACUGCUGUCAACGGAGACAACCCCAACUUCCACACCGCCAACCAGAGGCUGCAGUGCUUUGGCGAUGUCAUCAUUCCUAAUCCAUUAGACUCCUUCGCCAGCAUGCCCGGGAUGCCAGGUCCCACCAACGACCAAACUGAGGCGAUACCUUUAGUAGUGAGGAAGACACCGAGUGAGCAUCACCACCACCAGUCCUCAGCCGUGGGUGCCCAUGGCGGACACCACCACCCCGUCCUUCACCCUUCCUCGCUCUCUGCCUCUAUGGGCUUCAGCCCGCCAUCAUUUAGACACCCCUUUCCAAUGCCUCUCAUGGGCUACCCUUUCCAGAGCCCCCUAAGUGGGCCCACAGGUGGCUACCCAGGCAAGGACCGUUCCUCUCCAGACUCUAUGGACCUGUCCCGGGAGACCACCAGCCUGAGGACCAAGAUGGCUUCAGGUCACCACCUGGGGCACCACCAUCGCUCUUGUUCACCAGCGCACACUGGCAGCACAGCAGAGGUACUGUCCCUGUCCCUCAUCAAGUCUGAGUGCAGUGACCUCCAAGACAUGGCCGACAUCUCACCUUACUCAGGCAGCAAUAUCCAAGAGGGUCUUUCCCCCAAUCAUCUGAAGAAGGCCAAGCUCAUGUUUUUCUACACCCGUUACCCAAGCUCUAAUAUGCUCAAGAUGUUCUUCUCUGAUGUCAAGUUUAACCGCUGCAUCACCUCCCAGCUGAUCAAGUGGUUCAGCAACUUCAGGGAGUUCUACUACAUCCAGAUGGAGAAGUUCGCCCGCCAGUCCAUUAACGACGGAGUCACUGGAGCAGAGGAGUUGGGUGUCAGCCGCGACAGCGAGCUCUUCCGAGCCCUCAACAUGCACUACAACAAGGCCAAUGACUUUGAGGUCCCUGAACGUUUCCUGGAGGUGGCCGAGAUCACACUGAGAGAGUUCUUCAACGCCAUUGUGGCCGGCAAAGAUGUGGACCCGUCCUGGAAGAAGGCCAUCUACAAGGUCAUCUGCAAACUGGACAGCGAGGUCCCUGAAAUCUUCAAGUCCCCUAACUGUCUCCAAGAGCUUCUACAUGAGUAAAUCUCUCCUCCUCCUCUUCCUCCUCCUCGCUCGACGCUUUGUGCUUUUUUUUAUUUUCUCUGAUUUCAUAGAAUUUCAAAAUAUUCUCUUUUUAUCGUUUUCUCCUUUCCCCAACUUUUCUUUUAAUUUCCUGUUUUGUUUUUAUUUUUGAAUGUAUGAAAGUUAUGAAGUAGCAUUCCCAAUCUGAAGCCUCUGUGGCAGUUCCUAAAUGACCUAGCUAUUGUGUUGUUGUUCUUAUAUGAUAAUUAUCACGACGGUUAUUAUUUGUUUUGUUUUUGUAUGAUUCUGAACUGAAGAGACUCUAAUCUUAUUGGGUUUUUUUUUUUUUUUUUUUUUUUUUUUUGGACGGUGUGAACCCUCAUCCGUUUGAUCAACACUAACAAAGUCCUCAGUGUGUGUGGAAGGAGUUCCCGAGUUCCCACUUAUAUACUAAAAACAUAGGCUGGGUUCCCUAAAGACUUUACUCAGGCACCCGGGGGUGUCCCCACAAUCCUGUGGGUGUCCAAAUGAACUGUCCCCACAAGGUGGGUGCCCAAUAGACUGUGCUACUGAAGAAGUCCCCAGCAGGACAGUGCACACAGAAACAAGGCCUAGUGAGGUUACUGACUGGACUCAGACUGGACUCAUGGUAGUGGUCUGUACUAACCUGUGGGACUUGGACUGGUUUCGAAUAGCUACUGAGCUCUACCAUGUUUUGAAGUGUGUUUUCCCUGCAAGUAGGGCAUUGUGUUUAUUGGGUGUACAUUAUUAUUUUGGUUAUUAUUAUUAUUGUUGUUGUUUAUGAUUAUUAUUAUUUGUCAUCACUGCUUGCUGAAGAUUGGCACUUCGAGAUUUGUUUGUCCCUUGAUGCCGUUGCAGAAAAAAAUAAAUUAUUGCUAUUAAUAUUAUUCUGAGAGUUUAGAUUCUGAAAUAUUUUUGCCCCUCAGUUUCCCAUCCUUCCUUUUUGUUUGUCCAUCUCUGAAGUGGACUUUGGUUUUGUUUAUUUUGUGUUUUUGAUGGUCUGGGGCAACUUGACCGGAAAGUGUUUUGAUGUAAUGGAGGGCCAUCAGAGAGGUCCUGUAGUGACUAGCCUAUCCUGCACAGGACCAGUCUGGCAAUAAUGCUGGAAAAGCUGCAGAAACACAUGAAGUAAAUGGUGAAGAAGUAUAGAAAUAUGCAGAAGAAGUGUGGCCUUUUUGGUGCGUGACCUGCUGUUUUUAAAUGGCUAAAUUUCUGUAGCCACUCCAGCUUUGAUAACUAAACUGCUCCCACUAAACAAGCCUUUUGUCCAGCUAUCAAAUAAAUCUUAUCUGCCUAAUUAUCUGUUCCGCAUUGGCGAAGAUACACAAUAAUAACUUUUUGUCUUUUUUGUACUGUUCACUAAAUAGCUCAUGUGUUAAAUGAAGUCAGCCUGGCUUUUAAGGUGUAAAUGACAUUGUGAAGUUAUUUCAAUAGCAGUUGAUACUUGAAUAUAUCAGAAUACUGUGGCAAUCUAAAGUACGAUGACGCUGAAACAAUAGGUAAUUGAAUACAUACGAAUAAAGCAUUGCAAAGAGGGAGAUAAUUCAAGGAGGGCAAACAGAGAGCUGAAACACAGGCGUUCAUUAAUUCUGCUACAAGAGGAACUUCCCCCACAAACAACACACACACACACACACACACACACACACACACACACACACACACACACACACACACACACACACAGCUCGUUCCCUCCAUGUUCACCUGCCUUUGAGUGAUCUAGCUCCUCUCUCAAUACAACAAUACGAGGUCGGAGGUGAGCGCUCACCCCUGGGGUAGAUGGAGAAGCUCUCAGCACUACAAAGAGCGGGGACAAAGGCACAGAGCGAGGAGCAACACGCACCUGAAACCCUCCGCUCUGUCCCUCCGUCCCAAACUGGCAGCUUUUAAGACCCAAAGUGUGAUUCUGCUGAAGCCACUGUGCCCGGUUUGUUAAACGCCAUUCCUUUCACUUUUAGAUUCUAAUCUUAGAUUUUCCACUUGAGUCGUACAUUUUAUCUGCCCUCUCAGGCUUUUAAGAAUUUUAAGAAGUGUUUGAUGAGGUAAGUUUGAAGCGAGCUCUCUAGAGUGCGUGCGAGCUCGCUGUUGAUCUCACCUUGGCGACAUUAUCUCGCGGUGUGUCUGUGUGUCACAAAAGAUCAAAAGGGGCAGGUUGCUUAACCUGCUGACUUGUCUAAGCGAGACAAAGCGGCUAACAAAAGGAGGCAGAGAAAGACGGAGAGCUACUCCCUUCAUUAUGUCCCCCAAACCCUGUCCUCCUCCUCCUCCUCCUCCUCCCCCGAACUGUGUUCUUCUUAAGAUCCGGGAGCCCUGAGAGAGCGAGCCGGACACAUUUCUCACUGAAAGAUGGGCUCGGCCCUACAUGUCUCAGAGUCUCAAAGCACCAGCCAAGGGCUCCAAAGCGCCACAAACAAAGGCGAAAGGAAAGGACACUUUUAUCUGAUGCACAGAUUAUUAUCGCUCCCCACCCUCCUCCCCUCCUUCCUGCAACCCCGCCCUAAAGUUAAAGAGUUCCUGCGCCUAAAAAGAUUAAUUCAGGAUAAUGAAGACUUAUGUGCAAAAAAAAAAAGGAUUAGCAAGACCUUAAUUCCACGUUGAAAAUAUUUUUGUCAGGUUUUCCUUUUCUGGGGUGAUUUUAAGGAUUAUUGAAAUACAUAUAUAGCCUUUUUUAAGAAUUGUAAAAGAUAAAUCUAUGGGAAAAAAUAUAUAAAGUAGUUCCUUGGGAGGUUAAAAACUGUUUCAUAAAAGAAAUCUUGAGGGUAUUUUUAGUGACGGCUUUGUUUAAAAUUGUAUUCUGGAUAAGUGAGUUGUUGGUAGAUUAGGAGCAAUAGUUUUAGUUUUUUUGGCAGGAUUUGUGACCAGUUUUUUUUUUUUUUUGGUUUCUUUUUGUAUCGUGCUGAAUGGCUGUCUUCUCAAGAUCAGAAAAAUAAGUCCGUUUUCAGAGUAUGAAAUAUUGUUACUGUAAAUACUGUCAGGACGAAACAAAGAAUAGCUGUACAGUUUUUCUAUUAUCACUCAGAGCGCUAGAGGAGGGUGGUUUAAAAAAAGAAGGUUGAUGGAAAAAAGAGAGAUGACCCUCUUUACUCUGUCCGACCGGACUCAUAACCACUCUUCAAAAAAAAAAAAAAACCCACAGAGGAGAGGUUUUUGUUGUGUUUUUUUCCCCUGCCAUGCCUUUAACGGGGGUCUGUUUCCCGUCGGCAGUGCCCUUGAAGUUGCACCAGCAUCUUUAAUUUUUUCGCUGACAGAACGACGCAUUAGGCUAGCGGUCGGGUAAUGAUGAUGUCAUGGAGCGGCCCGUUGGCAGCACCCGGUCUUGUCCGUAAACAAGGGCAGACUGCUGCCGACAUAGUUUUAGAUUUGACCCGGGAGAGAGACAGGAACUCAUUGUCAUCAGAGUGUCAUGGAGGGGGCACAUGUUGUACAGUUUAAAAAAGAGACUGGGAAAAAAAGCGAUUUAUACCCUUUUUUACCGGGUUCAAACAGUUGGGAAAAGUUUUUGUGGAAUUUCUGUACGCUUUGCAUUUUGUGUGUGUGUGUGUGUGUAGAUGUAUAUGAGUGUGUGUCUGUGUGAGAGAAAAGACCGAUUAUGAGAACCUGUGAACCACUGAGUGACACAAUUCUCAACACUGUGGCCCCUCCCCCACCCCUGGGAGUACCAUCCUGACAUGUAAAUUAUUCUCAUUAAGCGUUGGCAACGUGUGUUUGGUGUGUGUGUGUGUGUGUGUGUGUGUGUGUGUGUGUGUGUGUGUGUGUGUGUGUGUGUGUGUUGCGAUAAUUUCCUCUGAUCUGUUUUCUGACCUGUUUGAAAGGGGUUUUUGUUUCUCGAUGCUUUUCAGUAGUUAAUUCUUUUUUUAUUAUUAUUACAUUGCUCCUCUUUUUUUGUAAAUAUCAACGAUGUGGACAGUGAUAAAUACUGCCUUUGUGUAACUUAGCAAUAUGUUAUGUAAAUAGUGUUUUGUUGAUGCUUUUUGUAAGACAUUAUUAUUCGAUGCUAGUGCAGUAUAAUUCCAACUGGAACGGCCAUGUUUUCAAACACAGUCUGAAUAGUUACACACAGGUUGUAAAAUAAAACUCAUGACAUGGCUGCUUUUAUUUUCUGUUAUCGGUGUCUAAUUGUCUUGCAGAUUUUGUGUAAUUUAUUGGUUUAAUUUAUCCUAAUUUAUUUGAUGUUGUUUUCUUUUGUUUUUCAAACAGGGAAGGCUGUACUGCAUUUCAUUAAGUAGAACCAAUUUAAAAGAUUUUAAUCCUACCUAAAAUCGAAUUUAAAACAAUUAGUAUUCUAGCGUGCUCAUUCAAUAAAGAUAAAUGGAGAUCUUGGCAGCUAAAUGGAACUGGUCAGUUUUAAAGAGAAAAAAAAAGAGGUUGUUAUGUUUUGUUCCGGGACGGUGCCGAGGGUGGGCUAAAGAAAGCUGAGACUAGUUUGAAGCAGUUUUUGUAUUUUCUCUUGAGAUUUUUUCCCCUGUGUUGCUUUGGCCCAGCCCAAAAACAACCAGUAGUCAAAUUGCCUUUCGUGCCUUCACCCUCUAUGAACUGAAUGUAUGUGCAGUAUAUAUGCAAGCUUGUGCAAAAUGAAUAAAAAAUGGAAAUAAAAAUGAAAAAGAGAGUAGAAAGCAUGUGC